UUUUAAUUAGCCAAUCUUGAUUUUUAAGUCAAUGGAGUCUAACUUUGACUGAUUAUAUGUUUAUAUAGAGAAAGUAUUAAUAAUAUGAAAAUGAUAUGAAAAUGUUCUUUGUUAAAAACACUAUCAUAAAAGUAUAAAAUUAUUAAAUUUUGCAUAAAUAUAUUAGUUUAAAUAAUUGGUCAAAGUUUACCAUCUUUGAUCGGAAAAGUCAAAGAUGGCUAAGUAAAUUGGCACGGAGGGAGUAUUUGUUACAUUUUUUAGAUGGAUCGUGCAAGAUAUUCGGUUGAUAUGGGUAACCUCGAGCGCAAUCGAACGAACGAGCUUGCGAGGAAGAGAUCCCGCAAAGGUAAAUCACAUAUCGUCUCUUCAUUUCAAAGCCGAGAUGAUUUUGAUACGGGUUACGCAAGGAGGGAUGGGGAUGUGAUGACCGACGAACAACUAGAACAAGAAUUGCACCGACAUAAUAGACACUCUUUCCAAGACCAACCGAGGACCAUUGACGAAGAAGAGCUCGAGGACGACGAUGUGGAGGAAGUAAUUCCGGAAAGCCACGACGAGGAGGAGGAGGGUGGCGGCAGCCACGACGCCGACGAGCCUGCCUCAUCCCAAACCGGUACGAAAAAAAGUAAAGCUGAACUAAUGGCUAAUAAUUUUUCUAAGUGGAAGGACCCGAAUACCAGGAAUUGGAACGCAACUUGCAAUUGGUGCUAGAAAAAUUAUAGCUUGGGGAUUUCCGGCGGAUACGGAUCCGCCACAAGACAUCUUAAGUCCAAACACCCGGUGGAGUAUGCAAAAUUAGGCGGCGAAACGGGGAAGUAAACUCAAAUAUCGAGGUCUGGAAAUAACCAACAAGCUUUUGGUAAUUUCUCAUACAAUGAUGCACAAAAUUUGACUAGUAUGACUAAUUUACUUGUUGAAGAAAAUUUGCCUUAUUUGUUUUCUGAAAGUCUUGCCUUUCGUGAUUAUGCACAAACUUGUUUAAAUCCUCAAUAUAAAAGUUAUAGUCUCAAAACGGUUAAGAAAGAAAUUUCAAGGCUUUAUGGUGCGGAAAAGGUAAGGUUACAAAAUUAUUUUGCAAACUUUGAUGGGCGUGUUACUGUAUGUUCUGACAUAUGGGAGGAUACUUAUCAUAAUUUGCAUUAUUUGGGUCUGAUUGUACAUUAUAUUGAUAAUGAUUGACAUAUGCAUAAACAUGUUCUUGCUUUUCUUGAAUUUAAUGAUCGUCACACCGCUGAACAUAUUUAUAUUUUGAUUGAGC